UAAAGAGAUAACAUUGAAUGUCGUCUGGUUUGUUCCAAUGAAGUGAAAAUUAAAAAUUAAAGUGGUACAAUACCAAGCGAGAGGUACGAUAUGCAAAUUUGUUCUCGUCUGGUUGCAAGCGGCGAGCCUACACAAUAGCUUCGUACCAUGUGGUGAACGAAAACCGUUUGUUGUAAACAAUAUUUUUGUUGAGGUUUUUAGCUAAUUGGUUGGUUGGACGCAGAGGCCCUCACUUAUGUCGCCCACAAUUCAAUAGCAAACAAUAUCGGUCAAUUAAAUCGCUGUGAAAACAAGAAGCUCCCUGAACAAAAGACUGAUAGGGUAGAAUUAUUAUUCACAGACUAUUUACCGGCGCGCGCGCGACUCGAGGUGAACCGGGCCUCUUUUGGUUGACAUGGUGAAGGUGCUCCACGCAGCUAUUUUCGUUUUACUUCUUUGAGUGGACUGAACGAGCAAUAUCCCUUUAUAAAGGAAUUUGUUUUAUAAACUGUGGAAUAUAGAGCCUAAAGUUGCCGGAGGUAUUUCAGCAGGAGCGCAAAACGACUUUGGAAAUGGAUGUCCCAGAAUCGACAUCGCUGUGGCCUUCAGCCUCCGGUCCCAAGGUUCCAAAUGUGGACGGCAAACUUCGUAAAACUGAUAAGCUUGACAUGGACGGCGCUUUGGCUUGUCUUAGGAGAGAAUUAGCAGCCAUGCAGACGCAAGACAGAAAUUUACACAAACAGCUGUUAGCAAUGCGUUGCAGCAUCUCUGGACUCAAAGACGAACUUAAAAACGAACGAGAAAAUUGGGAAAUGGAGACCCUACAAGAAGACAGAGAGCAAAUCAAACCCGCUCCUGCUCCGGGCUAUGUAACUAAAGUUGAGGUCAUAAACUCCAGUCCAGAAGGACCUAGAAUAAACCACGCUAAACAAGAUUCUGGCAUAUUAACUGAUGAGGAAAGAAGCGACGAAGAGCUGGAAGAGAGCGUGCAACAGAUGUUGAAGACGUAUCCGCCAAUGACACCACAGAGGAGCAGCUCUUUUUCUGUCUCUGUGAAUCGCUCCCAUGGCAGUAUCGUUGUGAAACGGGACGAGACCGGCGACGAAGAAGCCAAGCGGAAACCCGCGCGUAAUCCGAUUAGAGUGCGCGCGCGGAGCGUGGCUACAAUUGAAAUCGGACAGUUGUCAACCGCCGCGGUCUCUCCGCGCAAUCGUUCCCAGACUUUUGCGGAGGGAACCUUUAAUCGGUUUGGAAGCAUGCCAGUUAUUAAUGAAAUUCCCGGGGACGCUUUAGAGCGAAAUACAUCUAGAUCAAAAACGUUCGCCUUAUACGGAUCUCGUCCAACGCAAAGCGCCGUCGUACGGAACAACAAAUCGUCUUUUUCGCUUCCAAGAAAACUGCCCAUCGCAUUUGGUACACUCACAAGACACGGCAGUAUGCCAGUCAUGUAUCAUGGUGGAAGACCCAAGUCUGCAUCUGGGUCGGGAAACACGAACGAGAACGCUGUAAAACUUGUUAGCAGCAACCAGCCUAUAAAGAGAUCGACGAGCCAGCUUGUUCUUAGUCGGCCAGCAUGGGAGAAAGCCAGAGAAUUUGAGUCAAAUCAAAUGAUGCAGCACAGAGUGUACAGAUCUAGUAGCCAAGUAUCGCUUGUAUGACACUGAGAGCGUUCUCUGACUGGGUCUAAUAUAUACAUAUAUAUAUAUUAAUUUUUUUUCCUAAAAAAAAAAAGAGUGCAAAGAAGUGUUUUUGUUUUAUUUAUAAGUUUUACAAUAGUUGCAGGGCCGGGCUCUCGUUCAACUGUCUACUGUAAUUAAAAAUUGCUUGGUUUUACGUCU